UUAAAAAGUGUGGCUUUUUUUUUUUCUGGGGAAGAAGAGGGGUUUGCGAAACCGACUUUCAGAAAUGUGGGAUUGAGGACAGAUUGCUUUACAGUCAGCAAAAGCCACUUUCUGUGCUUUUUCUUUUCUUCUUUGAAUAAAAAGCUAGAUCGGUACGAGAAUUAUCCUGCCAUUUCCUUUUUCCGGGGGAAAAUUUGCCUAAGAAUUGUUUGUUUUUGUUGGGGUGUUUGGUGGAGGAAAACGUUGUGAAGCUGACCUCAGAAAUUCAAUGCCUUUUUUAUUCUCUCGGUCUCUCUGUCUCUAAAGGGAUUUUUAUUUUUUUGUUUAAUUGGAGCAUUUGGGGGAGGUGGGGGUCUUACAGUUCAUUCCUUGUCAUCAAUACGCGGUUGCGUCUCCGUAUUGAUUUUUCCUGUUGGUAUAAAAGUUGUUUAAUUUGCUUCUUCGUCUUGGUGUUGUUACUUAGUGUCGCCGUCAGAUCUGCGUUUGCCUUUGGUCGAUACGCAUUUGGACAUUCUCUUGAUCAAGUUUGAAAUCUUGAGGCUGAUUUGGAGAAGUUCGAAUUUUUGUGUUUGAAUUGGGUUUUCGUGUUAAUUAUACAAAGGAGGACACUGGGUUUGGAUAUUUAGAAAGGUUAUUGAUUCAAAGCAAUUUGCGUUUUGGUUGAGUUGGACUCUAUAUAAUCAUAGGAUCUUUGGGUAUUAGAGUUUAAUAUGCUUUUGAGACGGACACAAUAGCUUGAAGGUUUUGGGCCUAAGACUUUGUUUUCAUGGAAGAUAUGGCGUCGGGUGAAGGGAGGCGCCAUCGUCAUAAUCUUGUGCCUCUUGCUGCACUGAUCAGCAGAGAGAUGAGGAGUGAGAAGAUGGAGAAGCCCACUGUGAGAUAUGCGCAUGCGGCCCAGUCUAGGAAAGGGGAGGAUUAUUUCCUGAUUAAGACGGAUUGCCAGCGAGUCCCCGGGAAUUCAUUGUCGACAUUCUCUGUAUUUGCGAUCUUUGAUGGGCACAACGGAAAUGCUGCUGCCAUUUUUACGAGGGAGCAUUUGUUGAAUCAUGUGUUGGGUGCUAUCCCCCGCGGGCUUAGUUGUGAGGAGUGGCUUCAAGCUUUACCUCGUGCAUUGGUUGCUGGGUUUGUGAAGACUGACAAGGAAUUUCAGAGCAGAGGAGAAACAUCUGGAACCACGGCUACAUUUGUAAUAGUUGAUGGAUGGACUGUGACUGUUGCAUGUGUUGGAGACUCCCGUUGUAUUUUGGAUACUCAGGGUGGAACUGUUUCCAACUUAACUGUUGAUCAUAGACUUGAAGAGAAUGUAGAAGAGAGGGAACGUGUUACUGCAAGUGGAGGUGAAGUGGGGAGGCUUAGUAUUUUUGGGGGUGCUGAGAUUGGUCCCCUCCGUUGUUGGCCCGGGGGUUUAUGCCUUUCUAGGUCAAUUGGAGACAUGGAUGUGGGAGAGUACAUAGUGCCAAUACCAUAUGUCAAACAAGUGAAGCUAUCAAAUGCAGGUGGGAGGCUUAUACUUGCUUCUGAUGGUAUCUGGGAUGCCCUAUCAUCGGAAAUGGCUGCAAAAUCUUGUCGGGGGUUGACUGCUGAACUUGCUGCUAGACAAGUUGUGAAGGAAGCAUUAAGGACAAGGGGCUUGAAGGAUGAUACAACCUGCAUAAUUCUUGACAUAAUUCCUCCUGAUAAUUCGGUACAGCCUUCAACUCCUAAAAAGCAGAACAAGCUGAGAGCUCUAUUUUCCAGGAAGAGGUCCCAUAGUUCUGCUAAUAAGCUAUCAAAGAAGCUAUCAGCUGUAGGUAUAGUGGAAGAAUUGUUUGAAGAAGGCUCAGCAAUGCUUGCCGAAAGACUGGGAAAUGACGAGUCGACAGCCCAAUUGACAUCUGGCAUUUUCAUGUGUGCUGUAUGCCAAGUUGACCUUGCUCCAAGUGAGGGCAUCUCUGUUCAUGCUGGAGGCAUCUUCUCCACCAGCUCAACACCCUGGCAAGGGCCUUUCCUUUGUGCUGAUUGUCGCAAUAAGAAGGACGCAAUGGAAGGAAAACGCCCCAGUGGAGUUAAAGUGGCGUAGCUCCAAUACUGUUUUACUCUAUUCUUUACCUUAUAAUUCUUUUUUUUUUUUGGGUUGAAAUCUCCAUUUUCGUAGGCCAGCAAUUGUUUGAAUCUUACUACGAUGUUGCAUCAAAUGUAUAUGUAAUAUCCACAAAUAAUGUAAGAUAGUUUUAGCAUUCUAGUAAUAGAAGUUUUAAGGUGCAACUGGACUGAGUAACAGUAUGGCUUUACUGGAAACCAACUCUUUCAUUGAAUCA